AUGUGGGAUCGCAUUGCGGCCAAAUACAACUCGGCGAAGCCGAGUUGGGCGUACAAGCGGAACAAGGAGCAGCUCCGCAAGUGUUGGGAUCGGCUCAAGCUCCACGUCAACAACUACAGGGAUAUCUACACAAAGUUCAGGGAUGGAAGGGACAGCGGUGAGAGCAUGGAGGAUGUCAUCCAGAAGUCGAUGGUCGAGUACCAGUCGAAGUAUGGCCAGUUCAAGUUCUACGACAUUUGGCUGAUCUUGAAGGACAAGCCAAAGUUCGACGAAGGGAUACCAGCUGCAUCCUCAGCUGCGAAGCGGACGAAAAACACCGCCACUGGCGGUUACACGAGCAACGUCCCAUCACCUAUGGAUCUCAACGCUGAGCUGAAAGAGAGUUCCGGCACGCCUACGUUUACUUUUAGGCGUCCUGUUGGCAACAAGACUGUCAGAGCCCAAGCCAAAGGGAAGGUGGUCGCGUCUGGAUCGGCUCCCCCGCAGGUUCCGCCUGCUCCAUCUACUUAG